AUGACCACUUGCAAUGGCACCGGCCGCCCCUCUUUCUUCAUUCUCCAAGGCAUCCCUGGGAUGGAAGACAAACACAGGUGGAUCUCUGUCCCCUUCUCUUCCAUGUACUUCAUCACCGUGCUGGGGAACCUCACCAUCCUCUUCACCAUCUCCACGGAGCGCUCCCUGCAUAAGCCCAUGUUCCUGCUCCUCUGCUUGCUGGCCCUGACGGACCUGGGCAUGUCCACAACCACGGUUCCUAAGGCACUGUGCAUCUUCUGGCUCGGCCAGAGUGAGAUCAGCUAUGAAGGGUGUCUGGUCCAGCUGUUCUUCAUUCAUUCCAUUUCUGCCAUGCAGUCAGCUGUCCUGACCUCCAUGGCCUUUGACCGCUACGUGGCCAUCUGCAAGCCCCUGCACUAUGCCACCAUCCUUUCCAACAGCCGCAUUGGGCUCCUCAGCCUCGUCAGCUUGGUGAGAGCCAUCCUCUUUGUUCUUCCCAUGCCCAUCCUCCUCCAGCACAAGCCCUUUCAUGCCAACCGUGCCAUCCAAGCCACUUACUGUGAGCAUAUGGCUGUGGUGAAGAUGGUGUGUGUGGACACCACAGUCAACCGGAUGUACGGCCUGGUGGUGGCUCUGCUGGUUGUUGCGCUGGACAUCUCAGCCAUUGCUUCGUCUUAUGUGCUAAUCAUCCAGGCUAUAAUGCGUCUCUCUUCAAAAGAAGCCCACCACAAAGCUGUCAAUACCUGCACCACACAUAUCUGUGUCAUGCUGAUCUCUUACACUCCCUCACUUUUCUCUUUUCUCACUCACCGCUUUGGCCGAGGCAUUCCAGCCCACGUCCACACGAUUCUUGGCAACCUCUAUUUUCUUGUACCUCCAAUGCUCAAUCCUAUUAUUUAUGCUGUAAAAACAAAGGAAUUUUGGAACAAAGUGACCAAAUAUGGUUUCUGCAUGAAGGGGCUCAUGAGCAUUUCCCAUAGUCAGAAACUUGUUUGA